AUGCCACGAAUACCUCCAUACAGAAGGUCACCAAAAGAGGAGGGAGAGAUUGUGAAAAUACUAGAUGAAUUGCUUGAAAAAGGAUUUAUCGAACCCUCUAAGAGCCCAUUUAGCUCCCCAGUGGUGCUAGUCAGGAAGAAGGACGGUUCGUUCCGCUUAUGCGUGGACUACCGAGUUCUGAACAAUGCGACGAUCAAGGACCCAUUCCCUCUACCGAGAAUCGAAGUAUUGUUGGCAAAGAUAGGGAACUCGGCCGUCUUUUCCACACUCGACCUUCACUCCGGCUACCACCAAAUCCCGGUCAAGGAAGAAGACAUACCCAAGACGGCUUUUACAAUCCAUGACGGUAAAUACCAAUACCGAGUGAUGCCGUUUGGGUUAGUAAAUGCACCAUCUACCUUCUCAAGGUAUAUGACAGACAUCUUCGCGACCUUCCAUUCGUUCUUGUUUACCUGGAUGACAUAUUAG